AUGGCGCUGACCCGGCGGCAGCUGCACCUGUCAGCGCCGCGCACACCGAGGAUCGAUACCGGCGUCCCUCAGCGCCGCUGCCGCCCGACCGCACCGCCCGGACGAACAAAGGGCUCCUCUUUGGUGCCGGCCGAUCCCAGAGGGGUGCUGCGGAAGGGCCGCGCUUUUCUCGAUCUGUUCUGGGAUAUCGCCAAACCCGAGCAGGACGUGCGGCUGGAGGCUACCGAAAAUCUCCUGCGGCACCUGAGGGACGGCGGGGAGGAUGAAGAACUGAAGUACGCCUUGAAGCGCCUGGUGGAGGGGCUGGGAGCCACACGCGAGGCUGCGAGGCCGGGAUUCAGCUUGGCCCUGGCGCAGGUUUUGCAGGCUUUUGAGGAAAUCCCAUUGUGCAGUGUCCUGGAACAGAUAAAAGAAAAGCAUAAUCUGGAAAAGGUGAAAAAGAAACUUGUAAGAAAUGCUGCUUUUGGAAACUUUUUUGGAGUUAUGGCUCUUUUUCAGUCUGGCCGGCUUGUCAAGGACCAGAAGGCUCUGCUGGAGAGUAUCCAGCUUCUGCAGCAGCUGGCACAUCACCAAACACACCUCAGAGAUCUCCCUAGCAAAACUCUUGUUGACAUUUUGUCAGAGGUUCCUGAAACUGUGUUUGAGGAGGUGCUUUUUGGCAUCUUGCAAGCUGAUCUGACGUCAGCCUUCAAAUCUCCAGAGAACCUGCAUCUUUUACUUGUGGGCAUGCAGAAGUUCCCUGGUGUUCUAAAACCUAAAAAGCUAAAGAAGCUGUUUGGCUCACCUACUAUUGUAAAUGAAGAAAAUAUCCCCAGACUUGUAGAGCUUCUGGAAAGUGCUGCCAAGUCAGAGAAGAAGGACAAGAAAUUGCCCAGUGUUGGGCUUGAUUUGCUACAAGUGUCAUUGAAGGAAGGUGCCUUUGAACUGUUUUGGAAUGAAGCUGUGGAGAAUGGGCUAUUCAAGGAGAAAUCAGGACCUGUGAGUUACAUGUGCUACCGGCUGCUGGGCAGUGCUCUGCCACUGUUAUCUCUGGAUCAGCUGCAGAUGGUUCUCAAGGGGAGGGUGAUGCAGCACUAUGGAGAACACGUUGUCACAACUCAGCUUCCAGACCGAUUUAAGUUUGCUCCAGAGAUGGAAGCAUACGUAGAUAAAUUCCUGACCAGCUGUGAUGAUCCGGAGAGGCAGCUAGCAAUGAUGAUUGGCUUCUCUACUCUCACCAAUCAAGGCUACCCAGUGGUACCCAGCGUUUGGAGGGUGGUUAGACACCUACAGCCAGUGGCAUUGCAGAAAUACGUUGACUGGCUCAAGGACAUGUUCCUUAAGCCAGACUUGGACUGUUGUUUAGACUUCUCAACUAACCGGCAAAAGCAGAACCAGGAAAAUAAAAACAUAGCACAACACAAGAUUGCUCGAUUAAGGAAAUGGAUCAUCCACCGACUUAUGAGCAUUGUUGAAAGUCCUGUGAAGAAAGAAGAGAGCCUUGUGAUGGACAUUUCCAGGUUUUGCUUCUUCCAUGCUUUCUUUGAGACUAAGAAAAAGACUUCCCAAAUACCUGAGACAAAUGUCCUUAUAUCAGAACCCCUAGAUGAACAAGCUCACUCACUGGCAGCAAACUAUUUCUUUGGGUUACUUCAGACUUUAAAUACCUUGACUGUUUUGGGGGAUACAACUGAGGCAGCAGCCUUGAGGGAGAAGCACAUCCAUGGUGUGACUGCAGAUGGGAAGCUGUGGAUCUUUCAUCUUGUUGAGUAUGCCAGUGAGCUGCUCUCCAGUGAGAAGUAUGUCAAAGCUGUGAAGCCUUUUACCAAAGAACAGAGAGAUGCCUGGGAGAGGACACUUCAGUCUGUGAAGAACCUGCAAAAGAAGAAAAGUAAAUCAGACAGUGCCAAGCACUUUGCUUUUCAGCAACUUCUGCUUUUAAUGGCCAUUCAUCUUUUCAAGAAUCCAUCAGAAACAAUGGAUCUUCUGAGUGACCUUCUGAACUGCACAGAGAGGGCGUUCAGCAAGGAAGCUAAGAAGAAAAAGACUGAGAACGCAGAGCCAGAAUGGGUUGAGGUGAUUGUGGAAAUCCUCCUCUCCCUGCUUGCCCAGCCCAGCCUGCUCAUACGUCGCAUUUCCAACAGCGUGUUUGGACGGAUCUGUCCUAACCUGACCAAGAAGGGCCUGCAGCUGAUCUUGGAUGUUCUUGACCCGUAUCAAGAUCAGGAUGAAGAAAGUGCUGUUGUUGUGGUGGAAGAAUCAGAGAAAAAGAUCAAGUCUGAACAGGACAUGGAUGAUGAUGAUGAUGAAAGUGAGGACUCCUCAGAUGAUGGCGACAGCGAGGAAGAGAAUGACAGUGAAGAUGAGAAGAAUGAAGAAGUGGAUGAAGAUUUUCGCAGUCAGCUGAUCAAUGUUCUUCAAGCAGGGAAUGCAUUGGGAGAAGAUGAGAGUGAUGAAGAACUGGAUGAUGAGGCUAUGAUGGCUCUCGACAAGAACAUCUCAGCUCUCUUUGCAGAACAGCAGAAACGGAUCCAAGCAAAGAAGGAUGAGAAAGACAGGAUAAGGAAAGAGAAGAUCCUGCGGAGGGAUUUCAAGAUUAAGGUGCUGGAUCUGGUUGAAGUGUUCCUGAGUAAGCAACCAGAGAACCCCCUGGUGUUCGACAUCAUUGAGCCUCUGCUUCAAGUGAUUGAACAGUGCAUGAGCUCAGACUCAGACAAGCAGGAGGUUGAUUUCCUCCAGAAAACAGCUCAUAUCUUCACGAACUCGUUAUGCCGAGCUAAGCAGUACUGCAAGAGAGUGGAUGUCCUGCAAGAUGAUUUGCACACCUUUGUGGAGAGGCUUGUGAAAAAAGCUUGCAAGCACACUGAUUCUUCAGUGGCUCUCUAUUAUUUCAGUGCCUCCUUAUACCUGCUCAAAGUGUUGAAAGGAAAUGUGUCAGAUAAAUCACCAGCUCUUCCUGUCCCCCUGUCAAAGAAGCAGACAAACACCAUCCCACAGGCUUGUCAGCUUUUGAGCACAGGCUGCUUGGACGUGGAGAGAGUGACUUUGAUAUAUCAGCAAGCACUGACACAAUUCUUGAGCAAACGAAACAGUGCUCUCACAAGUUCCAUGUUUCUCGAUCUCUUCACCCGCUUCCCGAUCAUGUGCAAGCCAUUAAUAGACAUCCUUGUGAAGUCUAUCACAGCAGGAGCCAGGCAACAUCAGCAGGCCCAGGCCUGUUUGCUUCUCCAGAAGGUUCUGCCACUUCGUGAGCUGAAGCUCUCCACGACCAAGGAAGAGUGGGAGGAGCUGAUCAGAGAGAGCAUCAGCCAAGUGACAGAGAGUUUGAAAGUGCCUGACAAGUUAAGGGUGAAGGCUGAGAAAGAGAAAGUUGCCAGGAGCUUGGAGCUGCUCAACUUCCUCCUCAAAACCGUGACACAGCAGAAGCUGCACGUGGAGUUGAUGGAGUUGGACAAAGUGCUGGUAGCUCUGAGCCAGCAGGAAGGCAUUGGGAAGUCGGCACGGCUCGACUCUCUCUACUGGAACGUCAUGCGAUGGCUGAAUUACACGAAGCCCAAGAAAGAGAAGACAGCCAAUAAACCUGUGCAGGAAGCAGAGCCACCGAAGCGUAAGAAGAAAGGGUUCCUACCAGAAACCAAAAAACGUAAGAAUCGCAAGAAAGCUGUCCGGGAGAAUGGAGCAGCACCAGUAGCCAAUGAAGAUGGAGACUCAGCAGCCCCAGAGGAGCAGCCACUGGGAACAGAAACCCCUGAGCAAAAAGACAACCGCCUGCCUGGUAGCAAGAAGCACAAGAAGCAGAACAGAGGGGUCAGAGAGAAUGGGGUGGCAGCGGAGGGCAGCGGGAAUGGAACUGUUAAUGGUGAAGAUGCUGUGGCUGGGAAGAAGAGAAAGAAGAAGAGGAAUAGAAAAAGAAAAGGUGAUGUAGGCAAUGAAGCUGAGCAGAUUCCAGCUGCAAAGAAAGCCAAGGGGGAUGUCAACCAGGAGACCAAGCAGAAGCAGGGUAAAGCCAAGAAGAAAAGGAAAGAGAAAAAAUCUGCCGUGCUGCAGGAGUAA